CCGCCGCCGGAGCCGCCGCCGGAGCCGCCGCCGCGGAGCCGCCAGCAGCGCCGGGCCGGGCCGGGAUGUGACGGGGCGGCCGCCCCGGGCCCCGCUGCGCCGCUGCCCCGGGCCCGCGGGCCCCGCGCCCCGGGAGGCUGUCGGGGGGCGGCGGCGGCGGCGGGCCCCCCCCCGCCGCCCCCAUGUCGGAGGGGCCGCCCUACGGCGAGGGGCAGCUGGCGGGGGACGCGGCCGUGGGGCAGCUGCCCUUCCCCGUUCGCCUCCGCGGCCCCGACGGCCUCCUCGCCGGCGGGCAGGGCAAGCGGCCGCCCAAGCUGGGGCAGAUCGGCCGCAGCAAGAGAGUGGUUAUUGAAGAUGAUAGAAUUGAUGAUGUGCUGCAAAAUCUCUCGGAAAAGGCCCCUCCCGGUGUUUAAAGCCUCCCCGGGGACGCUCAGCUGAAGCCGGGGGGGGACAGGGGGGGUCGGUUUACAACGGCACAGGUUAUCGGCAAAAAAAAAUAAAAAAUAAAA